AUGGCUGAGCUGAAGCUAUGCUUGUGCUCAAGUAGCCAUCUCCUCGUCUUGUGCUUCUUGCUCCUCUGUGUACAUGUCCAUCAUGCGACCGCUAUCUCGUUCAACUACAGCUCCUUCAGCUCCGGUGAUUUCAGAGAGGAGGAUGACGCGAUGGUCACCGACGGCAGGAUUGAGCUCGUCGGCGACGAGGCCGGCGGUCGAGCAAGGGGCCGCGUUCUGUACAAGCAGCCGGUGCAGCUCUGGGACCCCGUCACGGGCGAGACGGCCGGCUUCACCAUGAGCUUCAACUUCAGCAUCCAGUCCCUGCCUAACCGGAGCAGCACCCCCGGGCACGGCAUGACGUUCUUCGUCGCGCCGUACAUGCCCGAAAUGCCGCAGGAUUCCUACGAUGGCUGCCUUGGGCUCUUCGACGAGAAACAUGCCCCGAAGAACGGGACGACGGCGAUCUCCGCCAACGCCUCCGGCAGCGCCAGCUUCGUCGCCGUGGAGUUCGACACCCACCGUGACGCGUGGGACCCGAGCAGCCGGCACAUCGGCGUAGACGUGAACAACGUCGACUCAGGCGGCAACUUCAGGAUCUUGCCAGAAGGCAGCCUCGUGGACGCCGGCGUUAUGUCUUCGACGGUGAGCUACGAUAAUUCCACGGCGAGGCUGGACGUCGUCCUCCGCGUCAGUGGCGCCGAGUAUGCCCUCGGCGCUACCGUCGACCUGCGAAGCUUGCUGCCGGUGCAGGUCGCGUUAGGCUUCUCGGCGGCCACCGGUGAUGCCUUCGGCAGCAAUCACACGUUACUCUCGUGGUCCUUCCACUCCACGCUCCCGACGAGGAACUACACGCCAUCUACCUCGUCAUCGUCAACCAAGAAGGCCACCCUACAACUCAGAGCCGGGGUUGCCGCCGCAGCCGUGCUGGUGCUCCUGCUCGCGGUCGCCGUGGCGGUGCUGUUCCGGCGUGCGAGCAGGAGAGACAGGCAACCAGACGACAAAGACAUGCUCGCCGGCGACAUGACCCCGGACUCCCUCGAUGCCGACGGCGAUGAGCUCGGUUCCAGCACGGGACCCCGGCCGAUCCCGUACGCCAGCCUAGCGGCGGCGACGAGGAACUUCGCGGAGGAAGGGAAGCUGGGGCAGGGCGGAUCCGGGUCGGUGUACCGGGGCCACAUGAAAGAGCUCGGCGGCCGCGACGUCGCCGUCAAGGUAUUCCUGCGAGGGGCGUCCUUGGAGGGGAGGAAGGAGUACAGGUCGGAGGUCACCAUCAUCAGCAGACUGCGUCACCGGAAUCUUGUGCAGCUAAUCGGCUGGUGCCAUGGCCGCAGGCGGCUGCUGCUGGUCUACGAGCUCGUCCACAACGGCAGCCUCGAUGGGUACCUCUACAGCAACACCAAAAACGACGUCCUGACUUGGCAAGUUAGAUACCAGAUCAUUCUUGGACUGGCGUCUGCCGUGCUGUACCUCCACCAAGAAUGGGAUCAAUGCGUCGUCCAUGGUGACAUUAAGCCGAGCAACAUCAUGCUGGACGAGUCCUUCAACACCAAGCUAGGCGACUUCGGCCUGUCGCGGCUCAUCGACCACGGCAUGAGCUUGCAGACAAUGACCGCCAUGGCUGGUACCCCGGGCUACCUUGACCCAGAGUGCGUCAUCACCGGCAAGGCGUCCACCGAGUCCGACAUGUACAGCUUCGGUGUCACGCUGCUGGAGAUCGUGUGCGGGCGGCGACCGAUGGCGCCGCCCAGCGCCGGUGCGAGGGACGGCCAGGUGUUCCGGCUGCUGGAGUGGGUGUGGGACCUCUACGGCAGGGGCGCCGCCCUUGACACCGCUGACCAGCGCCUCGGCGGCGUGUUCGACCGCUGGGAGAUGGAGCGGGUGGUGGCCGUUGGGCUGUGGUCCGCGCACCCGAACCCGAAGAUGAGGCCGGCGAUAAGGCAGGCAGCCGAGGCGCUGCAGUCAAGGAAGUUCAGGAUGCCGGUGCUGCCGCCCAAGAUGCCGGUGGCCGUGUACCUGCAGCCUUUCGGAGGUACCACCAUGGAGUACGGCGACAGCACCACCACGGUCGGGUCCGGGGUUACCACGCAGCAGCACUCGUCGUCCAGCUGUACAACAGCGACGCAAUCUUCAAAUACUAGCAUGCCAUCGGCUGUGAGUGAGGAGUUGAACCCCAAUAUAGAGUAG